AUGCUUACCCGUAAUCGGGCGUUGUACCGUAACUGUACCUCUCUCUCUUCACAGGCUUGUGAUCGGGAUGUACAGUGCGGCCCGGGUUCCUGCUGUGCUGUCAGUCUAUGGCUACGUGGACUGCGAAUGUGCACUCCACAGGGACAGGAAGGAGAUAAGUGUCAUCCCUUCAGUCACAAGGUUCCGUUCUCCGGGAAGAGGCAACACCACACCUGCCCGUGUCUGCCGUAUCUGUUGUGCUCCAGGUCUCCGGAUGCCAGAUUUCGUUGCACCUCCCAGUUUAAGCACAUGAAGUUCCAGUGAGAAGGUCCAGAACA